CUACUCGAAAAGCGAAUAUUCUAUACCUAUUUUCGUUUUCGUUUCGAGUUAAAAAACAACAGUAUACUCUCAGUCUCUCAUUGAUCUGAAUUCGGAUUCUCCAUCACAACAAACAUCCUUCAAAUUCAGAUUGAAGCAAAGCAACCGAUCAAUCAAUCAAUCAAUCUGCAGCAAUCGGAAACUGAUUUGUUGAAUGGACUGCUGCUUCUUCUCCUACACCAAUCCCCGAUUCCCGACUCCGCCCGCCCGCCGUCCGAUCUCGCUAGGGCCGCGGCUGAUCGUGGUGGCUGGCGCGAGCAGCAGCAGGAGCAGGUGCGACUUCGGCGGACUGCACGCGCCGCUCGAGCCGCGGACGCCGGCGGGGAGGCUUCUCAGCGGCGUCUGCCUGGACGAUCGCGCCGGAUUUCACGCGGCGGCGAGGGGAGAGCUCGAGCGGCUUGCGGUUGAGAGAGAUGAGGCGGCGGCGCGGCUGCAGCUCAGCCUCGGCUCCGAUGAAGCUUGCCUCCAUAGGAGAAUCGCGGAGUUCAGACAACACGAAUGCCAAGAUGCAGUUGAGGAUGUAAUGUAUAUGCUCAUAUUCUACAAAUUCUCUGAAAUAGGAGUCAGUUUAGUGCCACGUCUCUCCAAGUGCGCCUAUAAUGGUAGGCUGGAGAUAUGGCCUUCGAAGGACUGGGAACUCGAGUCUAUCCAUAAUUCUGAGGUUCUGCAGAUGGUGAGGGAACAUCUAAGUGCCCUUGUUGGAUGCAAGGCGAACUCCAACGUCACAGACAGCUGGGCCACGACAAAGGUACAAAGGUUUCGCCUCUGUGAAAUGUAUGCUGCUUCCAUCUUGUAUGGCUACUUCUUGAAGACUGCUUCCUUGAGGUACCAACUCGAACGAGGUCUAGAUCUCAGCAGCUCCCACUACGGCCUUGCUGGUCGAGGCAAGCAUCCAGUUUCAGAGAUGUUUACUGCAGGAUCCAGCUACAUCGCCCAUGGCCGUGUCAGUAGCUCUAUAUCCACCCCAGCAAGUCCAGUUUCAUAUUCUCUGGGGAAUAAUCCGAAGAGCCUGCGACUCUAUAUGAUGGGAUUCGACCACGAAUCAGUUCAGAUGUGUGCAAAGCCCAAGUCCAAGGAGGCGGUGGAUCUACUUGAGAGACACACCGCUGCUCUAUUCGGUGAUGAGGAGACAGGCCUGCUUGAAACAGACGACGCGCUUACUACCUCAUUCGCGAGCCUGAAGAGAUUUCUGCUCGAAGCUGUUGCCUUUGGCUCCUUCCUCUGGAGUGCGGAGAACUUUGUGAGCGAUGUAUAUAUGCUCGAGGAUAACUGACUACUACACGAUCACUGCAGCGCCUUCUGUGCUCGUUUUUACGCGUAGUUUCUGUAGAUGAUGGUGUUUUUGUUGCUUUCAGAUAUUGAGUUGUAUAUAUUAUGCUCUGCCUCUGAUGGCUGACCUGUAUAUAUAUAUAUUUAUAUAUGAUCGUUCUUGCUUUA